AUGACCUCCCGCCUCUGUUUGCACCGGGACUAUUUAUUUUUGCUCGGCACGUCCGUUAAUGAGUUUUUCGGUCCUUUCAUCAUUCCGCCACUUCUAUUCUCCCGGUUUUGUGUAGCUCCGACUUCGGCAUCCGCCUCUAACCGAGAGGUCGCUUUUGGUUCCGUCCGGCUUCCUCUACUC